GUACCGUUAUUCCUGAGGAGACUAGGCCUGCCGCACACGGAGGUGGCUGACUGGAUCCUGGGGCUGCUUGAACAACGACCUGGCCCCAUGACGCAAAGAGCCGCUCGAAGGCGCAGAGAGGACUCACCGCGCAGACCACCAGCACACAGGUUUCCAAACCCGGCCCAACACGCCGAAUGA